GCAUCAGUGCAACAGUAAAAGAACAAAAAAACAUCAGAAAUGUGUUGGUCCACUUGGUAUGUGCCACAAAAUUUUCCUUUGUGGAAGAAUGAAUCUGGGUUCUUAGAGGUUACAAGAUUUCCUAGAAUGUUUAUAGAGAACAUGGGUUCUGAUGUCAGAAAAGUAAUAAUAAAAUCAUAGCAGUUUUCCACAAGUCUUAUUACAUGUUUCUAUUCUGUUUUUACAACUUUGUCAAUUAAGAGUAACGUGUCCCCAAUGCAUCCAACUGUCUAUUUUCCAAACUUGAUUAAUACCUUGCAGGGUUGCUGAAGCCCAUCUCACAGUUAUAUCCUGGACAAGUCAACUGUCUGCUAAAGGGCAACAUAACCACACAACACAUACACUUGGAAACAAGGUAGAAUCACCAAAUGAUUUCUUUGGACAGUAGAAGGAAGUCAGAGUGCUCGGCGAAAACCCAAACGUGCACAACGAACUCAGAAAGGAACCAUCAGGGUUUUGAACCAGGACCUUCUUGCUGUGAGACAAGAGUGCUAACCACUACCCCACCAUGUAACUUGGAUCCCCAAUCAAUGUCUCCCCAAAAUAAAUAUUUAAUUUCUCACCCGGAAGUUAUAAUUUCCUAUUUAUCUUUUACCAGAACUGUAAUUUACCUGUGCUCCCUGUUUUCCAUUAUUAUCCUGCUUUUGUGAGUAAAACACAACAGAGUGUCUUAAAAUGAAACUGACAUUAACAAAGUACCUCUGUGCCCAAGAUAUUGUCAUGGUUGAUUUCUAUGUAUGUUAAUGUGGUUCAAAUCCUUUUUUUUUUUUUUUUUUUUGUGGCUUGGUUUAUUAUAACCAGGUUUGCAACUCCUAUUUGAUGUUCAUCUUGUGUAUUGGCAAGCACCUGUGUCCAUAAUUCAAUGGGUGGGCAUUAUGCUUGUAAUUUAUCCCUUAGACUUUUUUCUGACAAGAGAUCCUCCUGCCCUUCAUCAUAUUGCCACCAGAUGGCAGCAAAGAAGUUUGGAACACUAAGGAAGCUCCCAUUUGCAGGUUUCAGCUCUCAAACUGAAAUUAUGUCUGCCUAUAAAAAAAAAAAAAAAGUCAAAGUCAUUUGUUCCAUGAUAUCAUCAAAUUUAACCCUUAAAACUCCUAAUUCCAUGUUUAUAAUCAUAAAUGGAUUGAGAGGUUUGAACCAUGAGUACAUCCUCCAGGGUGCAGUUACCUAAUCUUGGAGUGGAGACCAUAUUAAAAGAAGGUAAAGGACCAGUCGCAUCAUCCUGUCACUAAGGUACACAAAGCCGAGUGCAGCGUAAGCAGAGAGCCAGGACUGUGGUGUGUGGAAAUUGCUGGUGAUGGCAGACAAUGCAGCAGUCCGGGGCCUGACCAGCCCUCAGAGGGACAGGGGUUGCUUCACUGCGACAACAGCCCUCGGUCUCCCUCCCUUCUUUUUGUAACCUGCCAUAGGAUGGGUUUAGGGAGGACGAUUAAGUUUGCCAUCUUCGAGGUGCUACAGUUUGCAGGCUUGUGCUUGCCGCUCUUGAUCAUCAUGCAGAGGUUUGCGGCAAUCAUAGCAAAAGUCAAAACCUCGGCACGGCCGCCCAGUGACGGCACCACGGCCUACUGGCUGAUCGUGGCCUCCUCCAUCGCCUACGUCACUUCCAUCGCUCUGCUGAUCUGGGUUCCUCUGAAGUCCUUGGUCUUCAUGAAGAAGAAGUUUCUGGUCGGAAGAAAGAAUUGGAGGCCGGUGGCCCUCGUUUAUGUGAUCCUCUCCACAUUACCCUGCUUUGCCUUUCUCAUCGCCAGCUCUGAGGUGCAGAUAAAUAACAACAUGAAACAUGAUACGUUCACAGAGCUCCCCGUGUCAUUAGUCCUCUUCUCGCUCAUCUGCAUAGAUGUUGUGGAGAGGAUACGUUGCUGCAGACUGACGGGCCAGGCUAAUGAAUUAAAUAGAGAUGCUGAAAUUCCCUCCACAGUCCUCACACAUGUGGAGCAGGUUAGACCCAUGACGCCAAUUACCCCGGCUGUUCCAGGGCCAGCCGUGCAUGGGCAAGCUGUGCCGAAUCCAGCACAACCUGGACCAAGCCGGUUUAACAACAGGAACCAGAAUGGUUCAGGAGCUCGACUGGAGAGCAACGGGACUGUUCCGGGGGUUCCAGGGACAAACGGCAGACCCUUUACCAUUUCAGGACUGAGCCCAACGCCAGCAAACACCACAGCGUACGGAUUGUCCCCACACACCCACACAGGACCUUUAAGGUUCCUGUGUGCCAGCGAUGCCCGAGCAGACGAGUUCGUGGACAGUUUCAUGUUCUGGAUGGACACGGUGGAGAUGGUUAGAGUGGCGGGACACCCACUGGUCUUCUACUCAGGUUGGGUGUUCCCCAUCUACAUCUUCAGCUACAUCUCCUGCUUGCGUGUGGUGGUGAUGCCCCACACCCCCCUGCUGUCUUCAAUGGGAGUGGCCCUGCAAGACUUGCCCUUCUUCUGUGUGCGUGCCGGCCUCAUUGCCCUCUUUGGCUUUGUCACACCCACCCUCUAUCUAAUGAAGAAUCUUCUGAUCUGUCUGGCCUUUGUCUACUUUAACUUCAUGACCAAGCUGAGGGUCUUUAACACAGAGAGGGUUUUCUUUUGAGGUGGGAAAGUAAAGUACCAGAAGACAUAAAAUCUCUACUGAAGCGUGAGGAGCGUCAAGCAAGAGACUCAAAAAGUUCAAAAUAACUCAAGGUUUCCCUGCACCACAGCUGGGUGCUGAAAAUGACAUCAAUUUGAUUUUUCACCUUGGAGUUACAGAGACAUAACCUAAAAUGUCUCUUACAAAGAUGCUUUCAUAAUGAGGAGGCACAUUAGGAGCAAUGACUCUCAGAAGCUGAUGAGAAUAGAAUCAGUCACUUAGGUUUCCAGGCUGAAGGGAAUUUUUUGUUCACAGAUUUCUAAUUAUUGUGCAACUUUGUCAUUUCUUGAAAAAAGACCCACUCCAAUUUUGAUCUCUUGUCAAAGCAUUUCCAGUGUUUUUUUAGAAAGAAAAAAAAAAAUCCUGCAUCCUUUUUUAGGACAGUUUCUGCAGAACAGCUGCAGUUCAGGAGAAUUUUGCCUGAGUUGUGGGUUGGAUUAUUGGCGCGCAGCAACCCUGACCCCUUUCCCCUUCCUGUUGCUUAGAGCUUGUGGCCCAUCCAAUGUAUUUUCUACAUAACAUAAGCUUUUUUUAAACUGAAUUCUUUUGUCUGCUCCUGAUUCACAACAAUUUGAAUAAAGAAACAACCAGAAACGCAAUUUUUUAGCUUCAUUUGUCAUCAGAAAAAAGCCACAAGAAUGUGAAAAAAAAGAAAAAACAGCAAUUUCAUCGGAGUGGGUCUUUAACACAAUAGCUGCUCUAUCAAUUUCUAGUUUGUAUAUUGGUUCUUCCAGGUCAAAAGGGAGCCUUCAAGCAAUCAAAUUUUGUCCAGACACUGUUUAUAUAAGGUUUUAUAACCUUUAUGUGCAAUUUUUACCCCCCAGAAUCCCCGAUCCACAUCAAGCAUGGGACUUUGAAUGUACCGGUUCUGUCACUUUGAAAUUCAGAGUUUUCUGCCGUCACCAGGGGCAGUGACACGUGGAAGAAUAAAUGUAUGCGUUUCAAAUGACUUUUUCUUCUGAAAGUACAUUUUGACAAGAGAAACCAGUUGGAGUUUGUUUCAAUGAGAGAUUCAUUUAUUUUAGUAACAUUAAUAAAAGAGACUAAAACAUU